GGCACUGUGCACUCCAGGUUGCUGGGUGCAACCUUUUGACAUUGUCAUCUACAAAGUUCACUCUGAAGAACAAAAUCUCAUAAAGAAAAUUAACAUUUUUCAGUUUUGCGUUUGGCUGUAUUCAUAGCUGCCCUCAGCUGCAGGUUGGACCGGUCUGAGCAGUUAAUGAUUCAAACUCUUCACCAAGUAAUUUGUUUGAUAAAAGGUCUCUAUUGGAGAUCCUCUAUUAGAGAACUAUAUCUGUUUAUCCCCAGAUCUUUGACAUCUUUCGCAUGUUUACAUUUUUUUGAGGCAAUGUAUAGAACUAACAUGCUUCCAGCACAUUUUGUGAUUUAUCGUGAUUUAUCACUUCUGUCUUUCUUUGCCUCACUUUCUACUGCCAGUGUCUUCCACAUUCUCAUCUGCUAGGAUUUCUGUUUGUUCUUGUUGUUGAUGUUGUUUUGGUUUUUUGGUUUUGGUUUUGGUUUUGGUUUCUGUAGCUUUAGUAGUGCAUUUGACACCAAAGCACAAGCAGGUGGACACACACAUACACACCACACACUGCCUUACAUAAAAACAUUAACACCUCUACUAAUCAGCUGAACCUCAACAUUCACAUUUAACUCUCAUGCAUUUAGAAAGUUUUGGCAUCAAGAAUACACUGAGCAAAACUGAAAAUAUCUCUGUAUUAAAUGUACCUAUGGCAUUAGGAUAUUGUAAGAAAGAGAAAAUAUGAACAAUAAGUUUCUAGUGUGAGAAUUAAGAGAACAACGCUCAUGGUAAAUGAUGUCAACAGUGAGAUCAUGGAAACAGUCCCAGUUAGAAGAGCGAGAUCCCAAAUAUGGUCAAAUGAAUAGACACGGGGCCCAAGCAUUGCGCGUAGCACUGAGGAGUAUUUGGCUGUCACGGGUGCAGUUGGAAAAGUAACAAGACUAGGGAUUUGAAUCAGCAGUAAAGCAUCUGCCUGGCAUGCUUGAGAGUCUUGAUAAAUCCCCGCACUUCAGAAAAGGGGGAGGGGGGACGAGGGAGUGAAAGGAGAGUGCUUACUACAGGAUCCCUCUGCUGGAGCUUGCAUAGGCCUUUGAGUUCAGUAUUAGUUUUGCAGAUCUUAGGAUUCUGGAUCUCAUAGCUUGGUGGAGACGGUGGAAGCACUGAGACAGAAAACAGGGGAAGGAGUAAUAACCUGCAGAUGCCCUGGAUCUCAGUCCUACAGGUUUGCUGCUCUGGCUCCUACAAAAUGCCUUCUCUAAGACUCAACACAGUGGUUUCUUCCUCUAUGCUUUUGAAUUUGUCCUGUUCACUGAAGCUGGAAAAGAUGAGUGAUUAUUCCCAAAGUAGAAUAGUGGAAACCUGGGCCAAGCACCUGUAAAAUGAAAACAAUAAUGGUUUCUAUCCCGUGUUAUGAAAUACCAGUUAGCCAUGUGAAGUAUACAGAGCCAUGCCUGGUACUCAAGAGUGUUUUUCUAUUAUUUUACCUUAUAUUUUAAAUCUAUCACUAUAUAUUUAUUACUAAAACAUAAUUUGGGAUUUAGAAACUAUUCCCUAACCCCGGUGUGUUUGCCAAACACAUAGUCAGAGUUAGUUGCCUGGUAAGCACUAUUUAGGACCUAAAGAUACAGUAGUAUUUAAAGCCAGUGUAAAUCUUCCCUUUACAUAGCCUAUAUAAUAACACACACAAGAUGAGUUAAUAAAUAUUGCCAAGUAUACCAAGAACCCUAAGCCACUGAUUAUUCAAGCUCCCUACCCACACAUAGCUUGAACACAUCAGUAUAUUAUUAAGUGAUCCUGGUUUUAUUCUUCCAAGGGACAUGAUUUCCCCUCUGCCUCUAACAUGCAUCCGUGUGUGGUGAGGAGCGCAUCUUGGUAUGUUGGUGAUCAGCAGCAGUGUGACCCAGGAGAGGCAGAUAGUGAUUUUCAGGACACAGUGAGGAACAGCUGUUGGACCUCCAUUUUACACUUCAGUGUGCAACAUAAGAAAAACUGCACAGCCUUCACUCAUGCUCUGAGACAACUGUCACUUGGAACCAUGGAUCCUGCAGUGUUAAUGGAAGCCAUUGUGGAAGAACUGAACUGCCCUAUCUGUAUGACCUUCCUUAGGGAGCCUGUGAGCAUCAACUGCGGCCACACCUUCUGCCACAGCUGUCUCUCUGGACUCUGGAAGCUCCCAGGAGACUCCCAGAACUUGAACUACACUUGUCCGCUUUGCCGAGCUCCCAUGCAGCCAAGAAAACUCCGUCCAAGUUGGCAGCUGGCCAGUGUUGUGGAUAAGGUCCGUCUGUUAGGCUUCUGUAUGGACAUGGGACUAAAGACUGAUGUGUGUGAUCUCCACAAGCAACAGCUAACCAUGUUCUGCAAAGAGGAUGAUGUGGUAACCUGCGAGGCCUGUAACCAGUCCCCAGAGCAUGAAGCCCACAGUGUUGUACCCAUAAAGGAUGUUGCCUGGGAGUAUAAGUGGAAACUCCAGCAGGCUCUGGAACAUCUGAGGAAAGAACAGGAAGAAGCCUGGAAGCUGGAAGUCAGUGAGAAGGAGCAAGCUGCUGUCUGGAAGACACAGGUAGAAACACGAAAGCAGAGCAUCCUAUGGGAGUUUGAAAAAUAUCAGCAAUUGUUAAAAGAAAAGGAGCUGCCGUGUCAGCAGGCAGAUGAAGAGGCAGCUGCAGUUCAGGCUAGCCUCGAGCAGGAGAAAGGAGAGACAGCAAGCAGACUGGAGCUGAGGCGCGAGAAGAUCAUCCAGCAGAGCCAGGUCCUGUGGAGGAUGAUAGUGGAGCUAGAGGAGAGAUCCCAGAGGCCUGUGCGCUGGAUGCUGCAGGGUAUACAGGAAGCCUUAAACAGGAGCGAGUCUUGGAGCCUGCAGCAGCUAGAACCAAUCUCCUUGGAGCUGAAGACAGAUUGCCGUGUGCUAGGACUAAGAGAGACUCUGAAGACGUUUGCAGUGGAUGUGCGCCUAGAUCCAGACACAGCUUACUCCCGCCUUGUUGUUUCCAAGGACAGAAAAAGUGUGCACUAUGGAAUCACCCAGCAGAACCUGCCUGACAAUCCUGAGAGAUUUUACCGCUAUAACAUUGUCUUGGGCAGCCAAUGCAUCUCCUCUGGCCGGCACUACUGGGAGGUAGAGGUUGGAAACAGAUCUGAAUGGGGCCUGGGAGUAUGUGUGGAAAAUGUAGACCGGAAGGAGGUAGUCUACUUAUCCCCUCGCUAUGGCUUCUGGGUGAUAAGGCUAAGGAAAGGAACAGAGUACCGAGCAGGCACAGAUGAAUAUCCGCUCCUGCCCUUGUCAGUUCCUCCACACCGGAUAGGAAUCUUCCUAGACUAUGAGGCCCAUGACAUCUCCUUCUACAAUGUGACUGAUGGUGGCUCCCACAUUUUCACUUUUCCCCGCUAUCCCUUCCCAGGCCGUCUCCUGCCCUAUUUCAGUCCUUGCUACAGCAUUGGCACUAACAACACCAUGCCACUCACCAUUUGUACCCUGGAUGGGGAGGGCUAGGAGAGCCAUCCUAACCUAAUGUUGGAAUUUGGCCUGGUAGGCAUCGCUGUUGGAGGAUGCUUCCACUGAUAAGCAUAUCCCUGAACCCAGCUUAAAACCCAAGGGCCCCUCUAUCUGACCUCAUGGUAUCUUGCUAUUAGAACAAACUGUCAGUGCUUCUUACAGAAAAACAGUCCCAGUCAGAUAAGCAUUGUGAACCAUGAUGGAUACAUGACAGGGGUGAUAGACCUUGCCCAUUCUGGAGAUCGCAGCCAUCCUCCCUGCUUCCAUAAUUAAGUGGAUGCCGGUGAUUAAAUAAAUGCAGACUCCAGAAAAGCCUUUAAAUAAGGUUUUCCAGUGAGACGAAGUAAUAAUGUACAUGUCCAGAGCUGAUUGUCAUGGUGAAACCAGGUAGAGGGUACUUACCAUGAGGCUCACUGCUACCAAACAAACCCUAACCUCCAGGCUAGAGAAACACAGUCUGUGCUUUUCCAGCACAGAAUGCAGAACUCACCUAGGAUACUCGCCGUAUCUCCUUCCUGAGCAUGAGGGUGGGUCUGCAACCUGGGCCUGUCUUUUCUCUAAGGGGCAGGAUCAGAAACCUUAGGGGCCUUAGUUUUUAUUUUUACUGUAUGUAUAAAGAAAUUGAAACAGCUUUGUCUCCUGCAGAGCUUUGGGAGGUAAGAUUUUAAAGACUGUAAAAUAGUUUUCACAUUAAAAUGAAACAAAGUUGACAAACUCAAUUCACAGA